UUGCUGCGCUCGGCUUUUUGAGGGUUAAAAGAAACUGAGCUGGAUUCCUAGAGAGGCCUGGAGAGAAAGGGGGGCGAGGCGAGCAGGUCCUCCAGAGCAGAAACCCCCCCCCCCGCCGCCCCCAGUCUCUUCCUGCGAGAGGGGAGGGGGCUGGCUUUUGUCUCUGGGAUCCGGACUUCCUAGCACCUCUACUUAGGACAGACAGAACGGGGCAGAAGACCAGGGGGCUCCUUCCGAUCUCUUGGGGGAUUCCUGAGAGCCCAGAUGGAUGAGCAAGACUCAGCUGGCCCUGAAGUGGGAAGAGGCCAUGACAUCCAAACUGGGAGCAGUGGGGGAUUCUGGGAAAACUCUGUGCAGAAGAUCCUGGGUGAGGAGGACACUCUCCGCUCAGUUGUUCAGAGCCAGCAGCUCAGGCAGUUCUGCUACCAGGAGGCCAAAGGACCCCGAGAAGUUUGCAGCCGACUCUACCACCUUUACUAUCAGUGGCUGAAGCCAGAAAAGCAUACGAAAAGCUGAGAUGCUGGACCUGGUGAUCUUGGAGCAGUUCCUGGCUGUGCUUCCGCCAGAGAUGGAGAUCUGGGUGAGGGAAUGUGGAGCGGAGACCAGUUCCCAGGCGGUGGCCCUGGCCGAAGGAUCCUCCUGAGUCAGGCAGAGGAGAGGAAGCAGGCAGAGCAGCAGGGAAAGUUUCUGUUAGCAGAAAUGCCUGAGGCAGAGAGGACUCCGUUGGACACCAGAGAGAGGCUGCUGGGUGACAGAAUGAUGCCGACAAGACCUCCUCACCCCUCUUUUCUUGGUGGUGGAGCAGAUGCAGCAGCUGUGGAACCAGAUCAGGGUCCAGUGUGCUUUGAAGAUAUUGCUGUUCAUUUCACAGACGAGGAGUGGGCGUUGCUGGAUCCUGACCAGAGAGCUCUGCAUAAGGAAGUCAUGGAGGAGAACUGUGGGAUCAAGAACUCUCUCAGAGGGGAUGAAUUGGAAAGGAAGGAUGAGGGAGACCGUGACAAAAUCUACACAGUGGAGAAUCUGUAUCAAUAUAUGGAGUGUGGCGAGAGCUUCAGCCAGAGCUCCCUUUCCACUUCCCUUCAAAUAAAUCCCAUUGGGAAGAAACACUAUCAGUGCCUAGAAUGUGGAAGGGGCUUCACUCGGAACUCGCGUCUCACGGCCCAUCGAAGAAUUCAUACAAGGGAGAAACCCUAUCAGUGCUUGGACUGUGGGAAGAGAUUCACUACAAGCACAAGUUUGCAUCGACAUCAGAGAAUUCACUAUGAGGAUGAAGACUAUCAGUGCUUGGAAUGUGGAAAGAGGUUCAGAUGGAAGGUCAGUCUCACUUCCCAUCAAAUAAUUCACACAGGGGAGAAUCCAUAUCGGUGCUUAGAGUGUGGAAAGAGCUUCAGUCAGAGGGCCCAUCUCACGACCCAUCAAAGAAUUCAUACAGGAGAGAAACCGUAUCAGUGUUUGGAAUGCGGAAAGAACUUUAAUACAAGGCCAAACUACUAUCGACAUAAAAGUAUUCACCGUGAGGAGAAACCAUAUCAGUGCUCAGAAUGUGGAAAGGGGUUCAAGUGGAAGAGUAGUCUCACUUCCCAUCAAAGAAUUCAUACAGGGGAGAAUCCCUAUCAAUGUUUGGAAUGUGGAAAGAGCUUCAGGUGGAAGGACAGUUUCACUUGCCAUCAAAGAAUUCAUACAGGUGAAAAUCCCUAUCAGUGCGUGGAAUGUGGAAAGAGUUUCACUGUGAAGAAAAACCUCACUUGCCAUCAAAGAAUUCAUACAGGAGAGAAACCCUAUCAGUGCUUGGAGUGUGGGAAGAGCUUCAGUAGGCAAAAUCAUCUCACUUCCCAUCAAACAAUUCAUACAAACGAGAAACUCCAUAAGUGCUUGGAGUGUGGAAAGAGCUUCAGUCAGAGGGUGAAUCUCGUUUCCCAUCACAAAAUUCAUACAGGGGAGAAACCAUAUCAGUGCUUGGAAUGUGGGAAGAGCUUCAGUAAAAGGGCACAUCUCACUUCCCAUCAAAGAAUUCAUACAGGGGAAAAACCCUAUCAGUGCUUGGAAUGUGGAAAGAGCUUCAGUUACAGCCACCAUCUGACUUCCCAUCAAAAAAUUCAUACAGGGGAGAAACCCUAUCAGUGCUUGGAAUGUGGAAAGAGCUUCAGCCGGAAGGAUCAUCUCAUUUCCCAUCAAAGAAUUCAUACAAAGGAGAAACCAUAUCAAUGCCUGGAAUGUGGAAAGAGCUUCAGUCUCAGGCACAGUCUCACUUCCCAUCAAAGAGUUCAUACAGGGGAGAAACCCUAUCAAUGCUUGGAAUGUGGAAAGAGCUUCAGUCAGAGCUCCAAUCUCUCUUCGCAUCAAAAAAUUCAUACAAAGGAGAAACCAUAUCAAUGCCUGGAAUGUGGAAAGAGCUUCAGUCACAGGCACAGUCUCAAUUUGCAUCAAAAAUUUCAUACAGGGGAGAAACCAUAUCAGUGCUUUGAAUGUGGAAAGAGCUUCAGGAAGGGGUCUCAGCUCUCUUCCCAUCACACAAUUCAUACAGGGGAGAAAGCUUUUCAAUGUCAGGAAUGUGGAAAGAGGUUCAGUCGAAGCGACAAUCUCACAAACCAUCAAAGAAUUCAUACAGAGGGAAAACCAAAAAAGUGCAGAGAAUGUGGAAAGAGCUUCAGUCAGAGGGCCUAUCUCACUUCCCAACAAAGAAUUCAUACCGGGGAGAAACCCUAUAACUGCAUGGAAUGUGGAAAGAGCUUUAGUUACAGCCACAAUCUGACUUCCCAUCAAAGAAUUCAUACGGGGGAGAAACCCUAUCAUUGCUUGCAGUGUGGAAACAGCUUCAGCCGGAAGGAUCAUCUCACCUCCCAUCAAAGAAUUCAUACGGGGGAGAAACCCUAUCACUGCUUCGAAUGUGGAAAGAGCUUCAGAAAAAGUUCCCAUCUCAGUUAUCAUCACAGAAUUCAUACAGGGGAGAAACCCUAUCAGUGCUUCGAAUGUGGGAAGAGUUUCAGUCGAAGCACCAAUUUCACUUCCCAUCUUAGAAUUCAUACAGGGGAGAAACCCUAUCAGUGCUUCGAAUGUGGGAAGAGCUUCAGUCGAAGUGCAUCUCUCACUUCCCAUCAAAGAAUUCAUAGAGGGGAGAAACCCUAUCAGUGCUUCGAAUGUGGGAAGAGCUUCAGUCGAAGUGCAUCUCUCACUUCCCAUCACAGAAUUCAUACAGGGGAGAAACCCUAUCAGUGCUUCGAAUGUGGGAAGAGCUUCAGAUCGCGUGGCAGUCUCGCUUCCCAUCAUAGAAUUCAUACAGGAGAGAAACCCUAUAACUGCAUGGAAUGUGGAAAGAGCUUUAGUUACAGCCACCAUUUCACUUCCCAUCAAAGAAUUCAUACAGGGGAGAAACCCUAUCAUUGCUUGCAGUGUGGGAAGAGCUUCAAUCGGAAGGAUCAUCUCACUUCCCAUCAAAGAAUUCAUACGGGGGAGAAACCCUAUCAGUGCUUCGAAUGUGGAACGAGCUUCAGAAAAAGUUCCCAUCUCAGUUCUCAUCAAAGAAUUCAUACAGGGGAGAAACCCUAUCAGUGCUUCGAAUGUGGAAAGAGCUUCAAGGAGGGGGCAACGCUCUCUUCCCAUCAAAGAAUUCAUACUGGACACAAACCUUAUAAGUGCACAGAAUGUGCAAAAAGCUUCAGCCAGAAGGGUAAUCUCACUUCACAUCAAAGGAUUCAUACAGGGGAGAAAACAUAUCAGUGUUUGGAAUGUGGAAAGAUCUUCCGGACGGAGAUUAAGCUCACAAGCCAUCAAAUAAUUCAUAGAGGGGAGAAACCUUUUCAAUGCCAUGAGUGUGGAAAGAGCUUUCGUAUCCGGCUGAGUCUCACAUUCCAUCAAAGAAUUCAUACAGGGGAGAAACCCUAUCAGUGCUUAGAAUGUGGAAAGAGCUUUAGUCAAAGUGCACAUCUCACUUCCCAUCAAAGAAUUCAUACAGGGGAGAAACCCUAUCAGUGCUUCGAAUGUGGAAAGAGCUUCAGUCUCAGCCAUAGUCUCACUUCCCAUCAAAGAAUUCAUACAGGGGAGAAACCCUAUCAGUGCCUGGAAUGUGGAAAGAGCUUCAGGGAUAGGUCAAAGCUCUCUUCCCAUCAAAGAAUUCAUACAGGGGAGAAACCUUUUCAAUGCCAUGAGUGUGAAAAGAGCUUUCGUCACAGUUCCGGUCUCACUUCCCAUCAAAGAAUUCAUACUGGGAAGAAACCCUAUCAGUGCUUGGAAUGUGGGAUGAGGUUCAAUCGGAAGGAUAGUCUCACUUCUCAUCAAAGAAUUCAUACAGGGGAGAAACCCUAUUCAGUGCCACGAAUGUGGAAAGAGCUUUCAGUCAGAGCUCCAAUC